AUGGUGGUGUUCGGAGGCAAGCGCAACGGCUACUUCAACGACGUGGGCGAUCGAUAUUGGUACAAACGCAAGAACGAGUGGCAGGAGCUGAUUCCCAUAAGCGGAGCACCUUCGAUGUACGCGGUGGUUAGAGGCGACGAACGGUGUGGUUAUUUGGCGGUUACAGACAGCAGCGACUCCAUUGUCAAGCAAUCUGGCGCUUCCGCCUGGCAGAACUGA